AUGGAUAUUCUUCAAAUAUUAGAAGCUGCCUUGGGUACAGCUGAUCCAAAUCAAAGAACUCAAGCAGAAAUACAAUUGAAUGAAGCAGCAAACAAUCAUUUCCCAGAAUAUCUUCAAUUAUUAAUUGAAGCAUUAGUUAAUGAAGAUGCUAAAACUGAAGUAAGAAUGUUGGCUGGUCUUGCCUUGAAAAAUCAAUUAGUUGCUAAAGAAAAUAAAACAAAAUUAGCUCAACAAGAAAGAUGGUUAAAAUUAGAUGGAGAAUUGAAAUCAAAAAUUAAACAAACUUCUCUUCAAGCUUUAAAUAUAAUUGAUCAAAAAGUUGCCAAUACUGCUGCUCAAUUAGUUGCUGCUAUUGCCGAUAUUGAAUUACCUAGAGCAGAAUGGCCAGAAUUAAUACCUACAAUUAUGGAAAAUACCAAGACAGAUAAUCCAGAAAAUGUGAAAAGAAGUUCCCUUUUAGCCAUUGGAUAUAUUUGUGAAAGUGCCGAUCCAAAUAAUCCUAAUAUUUUAAGUCAAGCUAGUGGUAUUUUAAUUGCUGUUGUUCAAGGUGCUCAAAGUAGUGAACCUUCAAAACAAGUCAGAUUAACAGCAUUAAAUGCUUUAGUAAAUUCUUUAGAAUUUAUAAAAUUUAAUUUUGAAAAUGAAGGUGAAAGAAAUUAUAUUAUGCAAGUAGUUUGUGAAGCAACUCAAGCUGAUGAUUCUGAAUUACAAGCUAGUGCUUUUGGUUGUUUAGCAAGAAUUAUGUCAUUAUAUUAUCGGUUUAUGUCACUUUAUAUGGAAAAAGCAUUAUAUGGAUUAACCAUUUCUGGUAUGCAAAGUGCUGAUGAAAAAGUUUCAUGUAUGGCAGUUGAAUUUUGGUCUACUGUUUGUGAAGAAGAAUUAGAAAUUGCUUUACAAAAACAUGAAUUAGGAUUAGAUUCUUUACAAGCAUCUCAAAAUCCUGAUUUAAUAACUUUUAAUUUUGCUCUUAUUGCAUCAGGUGAAGUAUUACCUACUUUAUUAACUUUAUUGACAAGACAAAAUGAAGAUCCUGAAGAUGAUGAUUGGUCAGUUGCUAUGGCUGCUGGUGCUUGUUUACAAUUAUUUGCUCAAAAUAUUGGUAAUUAUGUUGUUGAACCAACUAUACAUUUUGUUGGAUCCAAUUUGGCCGAUAAAGAUAAUUGGAGAGCUAGAGAAGCAGCAGUUAUGGCAUUUGGAUCAAUUUUGGAUGGACCUGAUCAUGAACAAUUGAAACAUAUCAUUGGUGAAGCUUUACAACCAAUACUUUUAUUGAUUAAAGAUUCUAAUUUACAAGUGAAAGAAACCGUUGCUUGGUGUCUUGGAAGAAUUGCUGAUAUGGUUGUUGAUGCCAUUGAUAUUGAAACUCAAUUACCUAAUUUAUUAAUGGCAUUAGUUGAUGGAUUACAAGAUCAUGCUAAAGUAGCAACCAAUUGUUGUUGGACAUUGAUCAAUUUGGUGGAACAAUUGUGUACUGAUUAUUAUGAAAAGGAUAGUACUAUAAUGUCACCAUAUUAUUCCACCAUUAUCCCGAUUUUAAUUCAAACUUCUGCUAGAAAUGAUAAUGAAUAUAAUGCUAGAGCUUCAUCAUAUGAAGCUCUUUCAACAUUUGUCACUUAUAGUGCUCAAGAUACUAUGCCAAUUGUUCAAAAUAUUGCUACUGAAGUAUUGGGACGUUUAGAAUCGAGUAUUAUAUUACAAAGUCAAGUCAGUACCACUGAAGAUAAGGGGAAUUUAGAAGAAUUACAAUCGAAUAUUUUAUCUUUAUUAACUAAUGUCAUUAGAAGAUUAAACAGUGAAGUCAUAAUAGCAGCCGAUAAUUUGAUGGAUAGAUUUAUUAAAUUACUUGAUGCUCAAGAACAAAAUUCAUUAAUUGAAGAAGAUAUUUUCAUUGCUGUAUCUGCUCUUUCUAGUGCUAUUGGUGGUGAAUUCAUUAAAUAUUUAGAUGCAUUUUUACCAUAUUUAAGAAAAGCUUUACAAAAUGUUGAAUCACCAACUUGUAUUACUGCUGUGGGAUUAGUUGCUGAUUUGGCUCAAUCAAUAGGAUCUCAAAUGGGUAAUUAUUGGGAAAAUCUUUUACAAUUACUUGGUAAUGCAUUAACAAAUAAUGAUUCGAAAAAAGAAUUGAAACCAGCAGUUGUUUCUGCAUUUGGUGAUAUUGCCACUGCUAUUGGACCUGAUUUUGCUCCAUAUCUUGAAUUUGUGUUGAGAACAUGUACUGAAGCAGGUAAUCUUCAACCUCAAGAUGGUUCACUUGAAACUUUGGAUUUUAUUUUCAUUGUAAGAGAAUCAGUAUUGGAUUGUUUUGUUGGUAUUGUUGGAGGAUUUAUAAAUCAACCUCAAGCUUUAGCACCAGCAAUUGUCACCAUAUUACAAUAUUUACAAAAAGUUACUCUUGAUCCACAAAUGUCAACUAGUGAAUCGGUUGCUCGUUCAGCAGCUGGUCUUUUGGGUGAUAUUGCAGCAAUGUAUCCAAAUGGUGAAUUUAAACAAGUUUUUGCUGAAGAAUGGGUCACUGAUUUUAUUAAAAGAACUCGAUCAAAUCCAUUAUUUGAUAAUAAAACUAAAGAUGCAGCAAGGUGGGCUAGAGAUCAACAAAAAAGACAACAACAACUUUUUGGUCAAUAA